GAAAUCAUGCAAAACCAAAGCUUGGUAGUUGACUUUGUCCUUCUAGGACUUUCACAGGAUCCAAAUAUUCAGAAAAUGGUAUUUAUUGUAUUUUUGUUUGUGUACAUCGCAACCAUCGGGGGCAACAUGCUAAUUGUGGUGACCAUCCUCAGCAGCCCUGCCCUGCUGGGUUCCCCCAUGUACUUCUUCUUGGCCUUCCUAUCCUUCCUGGAUGCGUGCUUCUCCUCUGUUAUCACCCUGAUUGUCCUCACAGUCAUGGCCUAUGACCGUUACGUGGCCAUUUGCAAGCCCUUGCACUACUCUUCUAUCAUGAACUGGAGGCUCUGUGGCAUUCUGAUGGGAGUAGCCUGGACAGGGGGCUUCUUGCAUUCUAUGAUACAAAUUCUCUUUACUUUCCAGUUGCCCUUCUGUGGCCCCAAUGUCAUAGAUCACAUCAUGUGUGACUUAUACCCAUUGCUGAAGCUCGCGUGCAUGGACACUCAUAUCUUUCACCUUUUGGUGAUUGCCAACAGCGGCUUUAUCUGCAUCAUAAUCUUCACCUUGUUGCUUAUCUCCUAUGGUGUCAUUUUGCUCUCACUGAGGACCCAUAGUUCUGAAGGGCGACAGAAAGCUCUCUCCACCUGUGGAUCUCACAUUGCUGUUGUGGUUUUGUUCUUUGUCCCGUGCAUAUUUAUGUACUCCAGACCUCCAUCGGCUUUCUUUUUUGAUAAAAUUGUGGCAAUAUUUUGUACUAUCUUAACUCCCAUGCUCAAUCCUAUGAUUUAUACUUUCAGAAAUAAGGACAUGAAAAACGCCAUGAGAAAAGUAUGGAACAGAUUGGUGAUGGCUUAUGAUGAAAAAUAA